AAUGAAUGUAACGUGCAAAAUAAAUUAUUUUGAUAAUUAAGUUUUACUAAUGAUUUCAUAUUUUGAAUGCAUAAAACAACUAAAUAUCAUUUGUUCUCGAUUUUGAAAUAGAAAUGAUUCUAGCAUGGAAUUACAAUAGUGAAAGUGUUCUAUAUUUUGGCAGUGCUCCAACUUUCAUCCAAGUGCGAUGAAAUUUCCUUCUGACACUUCUAAUAACGUUGCAGUUAACAUCUUUUAUAUAACAGAGCUAAAAGAAGAGAAAUUUGAUACUUAAAUAAUUCAAUUCCAGCUUAAAUGAUAAAAAUUGUGCUGCUCUGUAGAAGUAAUACAAGCUUUUACGCUUACAGCAAAACUUUCCAAUGAUGCCACUGGAUAUUUUGUUAAGCAGCAAUCUAAACACUCCAUGGAAUGUAUGCAUCACUGCUUUAACCUUUGCUGUGAUUUACUACAUCUUAAAGAACAGGGGCCUUCCUCCAGGACCUUUUGGCUUGCCUUAUAUUGGGUACUGGCCAUUCUUGAAAACUGCCACCUGUCAUUUGCAACUGCAAGAGUUGGGGAAGAAAUAUGGAGAAGUAUACAGUUUUAGAACCACUGGAAAGUUGCUCGUUAACUUAUGCUCUUUCAGGGCUAAUAAGGAGGCUUUCAUUACGAAAAGCGAAUGUUUCUCUGACAGGCUGAAAGAUUACAAUAUAGCAACAGUAUUAUUUAGAGGAAGUGUUCUAUUUCUGAAUGGAGAGUCCUGGAAAGUGAACAGAAAGUUCUUCUCUCAACAAUUCAGAGAACGUGGAAUGAGUAGCAUUAAGGGUGAGAGCUGUGGGCCCAUAUAUGAUGCAAUCAAAGAAACUCUUGAAGUUCUUCGCCAAAAGAAUGGAGAACCACUCGAUUUUAUUUCACUGCUGACGGAUAAAUGCACCACAGUUCUGUUUCGAACAUGUUUCGGAGAAAAUGGUAUCUCUUCACAAGAAAUCAGAGAAUUGAAUGAAAACUAUGCCAAAAUGACUGAAAACAUAACAGGUCCAAACUUACUGCUGAGUGGAACAGUUGCUAAAUAUUUCAUUAUGCCGUUGAUGCCAAGUUUCAGAAGUAUGCAUAAAUAUGCUACUAUUAUGGAAAACAUGUUGUAUGACAUAAUUAAGAGGCAUAGAUCAACAUUUAAUGAAGAUAAUAUUCGCAAUUUGAUAGAUGCUUAUUUGAUGGAAGAAAAAGUAAGGAAAUCAAAGAAUGAUCCAACUGCACAGUAUUUUACAGAUCACAUUCUUGCUGGCUCUCUUAUUCAAUUUAUUGGUGACGGUGUGCUCGCUGUGGCAAUAUUUAUAUCUGCCUUUUGUGACACUUUGCUUGAACACCCAGAAGAAGAGGAAAAAAUUUAUAAGGAGUUAAUGUAUGGUGUGGGCACCGAGAGAGAUCCGAUCAUAGAGGACAAAAACCAGUUGCCGUAUACCAAUGCCUUCAUCUUGGAGAUGAUGCGAAUGUCCAAUUCAUUUCCUUUCUUUGCAAAAGCGGAAUGCACCAAAGAAACUACUAUUAAGGGUUACAGGAUACCUAAAGGUGCUGUAAUGAUCAUGAAUAGUUGGGCAUCCCAUUUUGAUCCAGAAGUAUUUGAAGAACCUGAAAAAUUCAAUCCCUCACGUUAUUUACAAAAAGAAGGACAAAAGAAGGCAGAACUACCCAUACUCUUUGGAUUGGGUAAACGCUCCUGUUUAGGGGAAGGGUUCACAAUGGCUCAAGUCUUUCUCUUCCUUACUACCAUUGUAAAGCAUUUUCGCUUAUCAACUCCCGUAAAAUCAAAGGACGACGAAUUUUUAUUUUUCACUGCAAAAAUGAUUAUGUCAGCCAAACCAAGAAAUGAAUGAAGUAUUACGAUUUGAUUAAUAAAUGAAGUUCCAUUUAAAAAAAUGUAUCUAUGUGUAAUGAUAUUGUGCUUUCCGUAUCAACAAGCCUUUUAAUGUUUGUAAGAGCAUAAAUGAUCAUACGUGCAUAAUGAAAUUUUUUAUUCAUUGCACUUUUACAACAACUGAAGCUACCAUUUCUAAUUAAUUUAACGAAAAUAACAAUCUUAAAUCAUUCCGUCAAAAAAUGUUCAUUUUUAGCUGAAUUAAAUCGUAGCGUUUCUUUGUUCAAAUUGCUUUUGUUCCUAUUUCUUGCUCGUGGCCUCAGCCAUUGAAAAUAAAAAGCUUAUCGAA